AUGGUUAAAUUAACUCAAAUAGACGACGAAACUCAUCAACAAUUUGAACAACAACAACAUACUACUUCAAAAUCAAUUAUUGAAGAUGAUUUUAGUGAAGAAGAUGAAGAAGAUUCAGAUAUUGAAGAUGAUUUUGAUUUUGAAAAUGAAACAAUUUAUGAUAGAAUUGUAGCUUUAAAAGAUAUUGUACCUCCAGAACAUAGAGAAAAUAUAUAUAAAGCAUCAACAACAUUACAAAAUUCAAUAAGUUCAAUUUUUAAUCAAGGUGGUAAAUUAUUAUGGGUAUUAACUUCAUCAAGUUUAUUAUUAGGUGUUCCAUUAGCAAUGGCAAUAUUAUCAGAAACUCAAUUACAAGAAAUGGAAAAAGAUAUGUCAUUACAAAAAUCAGCUCAAGAUGUUUUGGCACCAGGUUCAGAACAAGCUUUUGAUAAAAAACAAUAA